AUGUACGGUGGCCUUUUCAAAAAACGACCCAGGGAUAGUGAUGCAACCAGUAAGAAGGAAACAGCAGUAAAUGGAUUAUCUACAGCAUCUGCAUCCCGCACGGUGUAUCACUAUCCUUCUUCUCUUCCAUUCCCUUUUAUAAUGGACGAGAAGUUUCCGGCAGAGAAUUAUCGAUCACGAAGUCAAGACGUGAAAACGGCAAUUCAUUGGGGUCAACGUAAACUAUUGUUAUCAGAGAUACAACUCUUGUCAUUAUAUACUUCUCCUAAUACAUCAUAUCACAUUGUGUACGCUGGUUCAGCUCCUGGAACUCAUCUUGGUUUCCUUGAUGAACUCUUUCAGUGUAGACACACAUGGGAACUUGUAGAUCCAGGUAAAUUUGAUCGUCCAGUACUAGAACCACGAAAAAAUUUUUCACUUCGUAAUGAAUUCUUUACAAAUGCUACUGCAUAUGGUAUUAAUGCUCGUCGUCUUUUAGAGGUUUUACCUGGUUUGGGAUCUAUUUACCGUGAAGUUGCUGUUGAUAGUGUGAAAUCAGCUAAAAAUGAAAUUCAUUCAAAACUUCAAAGUAUUGUAGGAACUCUUGAUGUUGCUCGUGGUACAGAAGAUAUUCCAUCUAUGUAUGAGCCUAAAUUAAAUAUUCCUAUUGGUUUUGAAUUACUUUCUUACGUUGGUAUGGAACGCAAUAAACCACUUUUGUUUGUAUCUGAUAUUCGUUCAGGAAGUGUAAAUCUUCCUAAUUUUGAAGAUCAUGUGGCAGAAAAUAUGAGGGCACAGGAGUGUUGGUGUCAAAUAUUACAAGGAAAGUAUGGUAUGCUUAAAUUUCGUUUACCUUACACACAUAAAAAUAUAGGAAUUGGUGAAAAGAGACGGAGAGUGUUAUCUAAUUUAAUUGGACCAGAUGGUACGGUGAAAUACCUUCGAGGAGAUAUUCUAUUGCCUAUAUGGACUCGUCCAACAAGUACAGAAGGGCGAUUGGUAGUUCCUUGUGGGGCACAUCAAAUACCAUAUAAUGUGGCUCAUGUAGAAAAUCAAUUCUUCUUUUUUAAUACACGUGUGCGAGAAGAGGUACAUUUUAAUCAUCUUCUUUUACCAGAUGAAGAUUUGGAUCAUCAUUAUGAUGCUGCGGCUGAAGUAAACUGUCUUGUUACUUAUUUAAAGUUUGUAUACCCUCAUCUAAAGGAGGCUUCAAUUGGGGUUUUGCGGAGUGAAGUAAAGCGUGUAUCUGCAUCUAUUACAACGCAUUUACGUGUUACUUUUAAAGAUGUGAUUCGUCGUCGAGAAGCGCUGGUGUUGAAACAAGCGUCUAGUGGAAUGUUUGAAGAAGAUGGUGAUGAAAGUGAUAAUGAAGAAACGGAUAAAACUCAACAAAAUGGUACCGUUCAAAAACAACAAGAAGAAGGAAAAGAAAAAGAAGGAGAACAACAACAACAGACAUCAUGGGUAGAUGUUGCCAAGAAGAUGUUGGUGGCAGCAACGCGUGAACGGGCGCGUGUACUCUGGAAGAGUAAUGUUAACGAAACUGAAAAAGAUGCACCUAGUGGUUUUUGGGUGACAACUACAAUGAAACAAAUAUAA